AGAAAAAAGAAAUUUGUAAAAAAGAAAAUAGAAUCUGCUAAUCUCUUCCUCUGGUCUUCCUCGCUUCCUUCUCCGCAUCACUCGCGCUCGAAUUUCAUAGCACCUUUCUCCAUCUCUCCUUCUUCUUCUCCUAUCGUCAGAGCUUGAGAAAAAAAUCUUGGUUCAAUCUUCAGGCUUCAGUUUUUAUCGGAAUGUCUUCGUCCGGUGGCAACUCUGGCGACGGAGCUGGCGGUGGCGCCGCCUCCCAUGCCCCUCAACUCUACUUCUGCUAUACCUGCAAUCGUACGGUAACCAUUACUCCCUCAUCAUCCUCCGAUCUUUUAUGCCCCAACUGCAACGAUAGCUUCGUUGAAGAAAUGGAAAGCCCAAACCCUAACCCUAGCCCUGUUCCCAAUCCUUUCCUCUCCUUCACAUCCGAGACAUUUCCGCCGUUCAGCACCGGUGGCGGUGGAAAUGGCGGUUUCCCCAUCAUAUUCUCCACGACAUCAUCAUCUGGUGGCAUUGGCGGUGGCGGUUCUAUGAUGAACGAUCUAUCAGCGCUAUUGGGAGGCGGUUCUCUUCGAUCGUCGUCCUUGCAAGACCCUGACGUUUUUAAUCCCUUGCUUUUUCUCCAGAACUAUCUUCAAAGCGCUAAUGUUCAAUUGGUAAUCCAAAACGCUUCGGGAGAGGCGUUUCAUCCCCCUUCCAAUUUCAAUCUUGGCGACUACUUCUUCGGCCCUGGUCUCGAGCAGUUGAUUCAACAACUUGCUGAGAACGAUCCGAACCGUUAUGGAACCCCUCCCGCUUCUAAGUCGGCGAUUGAGGCACUUCCAGAUAUCAAGAUUUCGGAGGAAUUGUUGGCUUCGGAUUCUUCGCAGUGCGCUGUGUGCAAGGAUACGUUUGAGCUCAACGAGGUGGCGAAACAGAUGCCUUGCAAACACAUUUAUCAUGCAGAUUGUAUAAUUCCUUGGUUGGAAUUGCAUAAUUCUUGUCCAGUAUGUCGAUAUGAAUUGCCCACAGAUGAUCCCGAUUACGAGCAAAGGACUCGUGGGUCUUCAGCUCCUAAUCGAAGUCAAAGCGAAAGUCAACCCUUUGGCGAUUCUUCCACUGUUGGGGAAAAUGUUGGCGGAAGCGAUCCUAAUUCCGACGAGAAUUCACAAACUCAACAAAUGGGAGAGCGGAGGGUUAGGAGGAUAGCUUUUCCUUGGCCUCCCAGAGGUUUUGGUUCAGCCGCUGAGACUAGUAACAGCGGAGGUGGCAACAAUAGUGGAAAUAGCGACGAACCGAGCUCCAGAAAUAGGGGAAGCCAGAGCUCUUCAGAACCAAUGCAGGAAGAUCUCGAUUGAUGAUUACUGGUGUUGCAAGUGAUUUGAAUCUGGAAAACCAUUACUGAAUAUAGAAAACAUCCUUAUAUGUUAAUUAUUAGAGCUUUUCCAUUUAUGAAAUUUGACUAUAAUAAUCCAUAGGUAAAGGUCCUUCUAUUUCCAUUUUAGAGUUCAGAAUUCUUUGUAGAUUAAGGAAGUUAUGUGCAUUACUUUGUUUGCAAAGGUCUGUAAUACUUUUGCUUCUCUGGGAACCAUUUCAUAUAUUGGAAUGUCGUCUGCUUCACAUGUGACUUUUCUCA